UUCCUUCUCGCGAGGUCCUCUGCUUCGUCCUCCUCCCGCCGUCUGUCCCUCCGUAUCUUCCUCCGUCCCCGGCCCCGGCUCCGGCCCAGUAGUUCUGACUUCUGAGGAGGAGAUUUCGCCUGCAGUUCUCUGCCUCGUCGUCGGAGUUUCGGGCGGAGCCAUGACCGGCGGCGGGGAGGAGCAGGGGAGGCGGCUCUUCGGCGUCUCGCUCACGGACAGGCCUGUCUGGCAGCAGUUCCUCAUCUGCUCCUCCGGCUUCUUCUUCGGCUACCUCGUCAAUGGCAUCUGCGAGGAAUACGUCUACAACCGGCUUCAGUUCAGCUACGGAUGGUACUUCACUUUCGUGCAGGGGUUCGUGUACCUGGGCCUCAUACGGCUGCAGGGGUUCACGAUGAAGCAGAUGGUGAACCCGUGGCGGACCUACGUGCGCCUCUCCGCCGUGCUCAUGGGCUCCAACGGACUCACCAAGGGCUCCCUCGCCUUCCUCAAUUACCCCGCACAGAUCAUGUUCAAAUCCACCAAGGUUUUGCCGGUGAUGAUAAUGGGGGCAUUCAUCCCCGGUUUAAGACGCAAGUACCCGUUCCAUGAGUACGUAUCGGCAGUGAUGCUUGUCAUCGGCCUCAUACUUUUCACGCUCGCGGACGCACAAACAUCGCCUAAUUUCAGCAUGAUUGGUGUGACCAUGGUGUCCGCUGCGCUCGUCAUGGAUGCUUUCCUCGGUAACCUGCAAGAAGCCAUCUUUAAGAUGAACCCAGACACCACACAGAUGGAGAUGCUGUUCUGCUCAACUGUUGUUGGACUACCAUUCCUUGCCGUGCCAAUGGUGUUAACCGGGGAGCUCACAACGGCAUGGAGUGCGUGUUCUCAGCACUUGUACGUGUACGCUGUGCUGGUGUUCGAGGCGAUGGCAACGUUCGUCGGGCAGGUGUCGGUGCUGUCCCUAAUCGCGCUCUUUGGCGCCGCGACGACAGCCAUGGUGACGACAGCGAGGAAGGCGGUGACCCUGCUCCUGUCGUACCUGAUAUUCACGAAGCCCAUGACGGAGCAGCACGUCUCAGGGCUCCUACUGAUAACCAUGGGGAUCGUGCUGAGGCUCCUGCCAGAGGACAAGGAGAAGAAGAACCUGGCUGAGCGCAAGCAGGCAAAGAUGGUGGCGCAGCUCGGCGAGGACAAGCGGCGAGGAGAUGGAGUAGAGGAGGAGAAAUCGCCGUUAGUAUGAUCCAUGACUUGAACGAGCUGAACCAAAGUGCAGGAUGGGAUACAAGAAUAAUCACGUCUGUUUUUGUUGAACUCUCUGUAGUGUGUUGUUCUCUCUCUGUAGUGUGCUGUUUGCUGUGCUGAAGCUGUUUUCGGGACUGUAACUUGUAAACCAAAAGGGUUCCAAAGUA